GAUUUAACUCAAACACAAGAAUAGGAUUGUCUAGCUUUGCUACAGCUAUGUUGUUCUUUAGUUCCUACAUGCCUCUUCACUUAAUUUUGUAGUCAUUACAACCAAAUGAUUCCCACAAUUUCCAUAAAGAUACACAUUCCAAACCAUUUCAACCUUCUUAAUGGUUUGUUUGGCCAACCAUUUCAUGCAAAAGUUGUUUAAGAAAAAGCUUUAAUUAGGAUUUCUUGAAAUUGUGUGACAGUCUUUUAGGUCCUUUGUAGUUGGAUUAGGAAAAAAAAAUGAAUGCACUAGCAGCUACCAACAGGAACUUUAAGUUGGCUUCUAGGCUUUUGGGAUUGGAUUCCAAACUUGAGAAAAGUUUACUCAUUCCAUUCAGAGAGAUCAAGGUUGAAUGUACCAUCCCUAAAGACGACGGUACGUUGCAGUCUUACAUUGGGUUCAGGGUUCAACAUGAUAAUGCUAGAGGCCCUAUGAAAGGAGGAAUCAGAUACCAUCCUGAGGUUGAUCCUGAUGAAGUGAAUGCUUUAGCACAACUAAUGACAUGGAAAACAGCAGUAGCAAAUAUACCUUAUGGUGGUGCAAAAGGAGGGAUAGGGUGUAACCCUUCAGAGCUAAGUAUAUCUGAGUUAGAAAGACUUACCAGAGUUUUUACGCAGAAAAUUCAUGAUCUGAUUGGAACUCACAUGGAUGUGCCUGCACCUGAUAUGGGAACAGGACCACAGACCAUGGCGUGGAUACUAGACGAAUAUUCCAAAUUUCACGGAUACUCACCUGCCGUUGUGACAGGAAAACCAAUAGAUCUUGGUGGAUCUCUAGGUAGAGAUGCAGCUACAGGAAGAGGAGUCCUCUUUGCAACAGAGGCUUUGCUGAAUGAAUAUGGGAAAAGUAUAUCUGGACAACGGUUCGUUAUUCAGGGUUUUGGAAAUGUUGGUUCUUGGGCUGCACAAUUGAUUGAUGAGAAAGGUGGAAAAAUUGUUGCUGUGAGUGACAUAACUGGAGCCAUAAAGAACAGCAAAGGUAUUGACAUCCCAAGCCUACUGAAGCAUACCAAAGAGACCAGAGGAGUAAAAGGAUUUCAUGGUGCUGAUUCAAUUGAUUCAAACUCAAUAUUGCUAGAAGACUGUGAUGUUUUAAUCCCAGCAGCUCUCGGGGGUGUCAUCAACAGGGAAAAUGCGAAUGAAAUCAAGGCAAAAUUUAUAGUAGAAGCAGCCAAUCACCCAACUGAUCCAGAGGCUGAUGAGAUUCUAAAGAAAAAAGGUGUUGUGAUUCUCCCAGACAUAUAUGCAAAUUCAGGAGGUGUUACUGUUAGUUACUUCGAGUGGGUUCAGAACAUACAAGGGUUCAUGUGGGAUGAGGAGAAAGUGAACAAUGAGCUAAAAAACUACAUGACGAAAGGGUUCAAAGAUGUGAAAGACAUGUGCAAAACUCAUGAAUGUGAUCUUCGAAUGGGAGCAUUCAGUCUAGGAGUUAACCGUGUGGCAAGGGCUACUGUCCUUAGGGGUUGGGAAGCAUGAGAACUUGUUUUGUUGCUUUAAAUAAAAGAGAGCUUUUAGUCUCAGUCAAAAAGUUUUUGUUACUUUCAUGUGUUAUGUGACUUGUAUUUUCACCGCAAACUUUGUCACAGAUUAAAAAUGAGGACGCCAUGUACUUUUCUGGGGUUAAUAUUACAUUUGCUUACUGAGUUA